AGCCACGGGCCUGAGCUCCGUGCGGACGCCGGGUUCCGAGUCGCCGUCGUCCACGGCCGAAUCGACGCGAAGUCGACCCUCUUCCUCCGUUGUUGUUGUUUCUUUUUGUGCGUCCCGGAAAACUUACCCGAACAAACGCGGGGCAACCCCAGCAAAGAGUAAUCCUCCGAAGAACUGUACCACAGCCGCGGUCAUCGUCACGCAAGCCUAGUCGGCUCAGAAUCGCGGCGUUCGGCGCGACCAUGCCGACGCAUUGUUCGCGGUCGGCGGUGGCAAGUGCAUUCGUGAACGCUCGUGUUCCUGGUUGUGCGCGUCCCCAUCUGGAUUGAUUCUGGCCGGCUGGCGUGCGUGGAUUCUUCCAGCGUCAUCUUCGUGCUUUUCGUUCUGGUGUGUGCUUAAUUCGGUCUUCGACCCUGCGAGCACCUCGAGUGUGGGUGGCAUCGUAGGUUCCCAACUUUGACCCUCCGACUCUGAUCUGGAUAGCUGUGAGACCUCUUUUGGACACGCUUACCAAGGGCUGGCCAUGGUGACCUUGUCGGCCUGUGCCGCCGGGCGGAGAUGAGGGAUCGAUCGGAGGUGGGAUCCUCAUGAGUGACGGCGGUCACAGCUGGUGAAGCUCCCCCUGGCAGUGCCAGUCUCAGCCGGGCUUCGCUGAGGCCCCAGCACAGCUGCCCCUACGAUGGCAACUCGGUUACGGCCGCUCUGCGGACUGCCCUUCCUGCUAGCCCUCGUCCAGAUCCCGUGGACGUCCGCAGGAGCGAGCAGCGUCAACUUCAGCACAAAGGGCCCCAUAUGCCGUGAGGGACUCAUCCUUCCGGUAUGGAUGCCCCAGGACAACAUCAGCACGGGCGACGUAGUCGCGCGGGGCUUGGUCUACUUCAUUGCUCUCGCCUACAUGUUCGUCGGCGUGUCAAUCAUCGCGGACCGUUUCAUGGCUGCCAUCGAGGUCAUCACGUCUAAAGAGAAAGAAGUGAUAAUCAAGAAGCCGAACGGAGAGACCCAAUCCAUCAACGUCCGUGUCUGGAACGAGACGGUCUCGAACUUGACCCUUAUGGCGCUCGGAUCCUCGGCACCCGAGAUCUUGCUGUCCGUGAUCGAGAUCUACGCGCAAAACUUCGAAGCCGGCGACUUGGGACCCGGUACCAUUGUGGGUAGCGCAGCGUUCAACAUGUUUGUUAUCAUUGCCAUCUGCGUAUACUCUAUUCCUUCCGGGGAAGUGCGCAGGAUCAAGCACCUACGCGUGUUCUUCGUCACAAUGACGUGGAGCGUGUUCGCCUACAUAUGGCUCUACCUCAUCCUCACUUACUCUUCCUUCGGAGUCAUCGAGGUCUGGGAAGGCGUCGUCACUUUCCUUUUUUUCCCAGCAACCGUGCUCACGGCCUACAUCGCGGACCGGAGGCUCCUCAUCUACAAGUAUCUCUCCAAGAAGUACCGCGUCAACAAGCGAGGCGUCAUCGUGGGUGGUGAAGGCGAGGACGUCGAAAUGGGACAGGCCAAGGACCGCCUUGUGGACGGCGUCCUUGGGGGUCCCACCGUCAAGUUCAUCGGCGGAGAGCAGAGUCCAGAGGCGAAGGCCUUCGAGGAGAACCGUAUCGAGUAUGUCCAGAUACUCCGUGAGCUGAGACACAAGCAUCCGGACAGCAGUUUGGAGGAGCUCGAGUCAAUGGCGAGGGACGAGAUCCUCAGCAGGUGUCCCAAGAGCAGGGCGUUCUACCGUAUUCAGGCGACGCGAAAACUCAUGGGCGCCGGCAACUUGAUGCGGCGGAAGGAGCACAUCAAGGACGCCUCUGCUAAGGACGACGGAAAAGAAGAGGCUGAGAAGACGGAGGAAGAGUGCGUCAGGCUCUUCUUCGACCCGGGCCACUACACAGUCUUCGAGAACGUCGGCGAGUUUGCGGCCACCGUGGUCAGAGACGGGGACCUUACCAACUCGGUGUGCGUCGACUACAACACCGAGGACGGCACGGCCAACGCCAAUUCCGACUACGUCCCCGUCGAGGGGACACUGGUGUUUAGGCCCGGGGAGCAAGAUAAGCAAAUCUUCAUCAAGGUGAUCGACGAUGAUGUGUUCGAGGAGGACGAGCACUUCUACGUUCGGCUCUCGAACCCGCGCUACCUCGGCAGCGGGGGCAGCGGCGCCAUGAACGGCUCUCCGGGUCAGCCGCAGCCCCCGAGCACGGGUCGGCCUCCGGUCAAGCUGGGCACCCCGUCCGUCUGCACGGUCAUGAUCCUCGACGACGACCACAGCGGAGUUUUUACCCUACCCGAGACCCAGGUGGAGAUAAGCGAGGCCGCGGGCGAGUACCACGUCAAGGUGAACCGAUUCAGCGGGGCCCGCGGCCGCGUUUUUCUGCCAUACAAGGCCGUCGAGGGAACGGCCAAGGAGGGCAAAGACUUCGAGCCGUGCCAGGGAACCCUCGUCUUCGAGAACAACGAGACUAGCCAAGAAUUCCCGCUGUACAUCAUCGACAACGAAUCGUACGAGAAAGACGCUGUGCUCUACAUCGAACUCGGGGAUCCGAAGCUCGAAGAAGACGAUCCGUACUACAUUCAGGAGAAGCUGGCCUAUGAGAAAUCAGAUCUCCUACGAGAACACGGAGUCAACGAAGUACCCGAGGUGGAACUCACCGAAGCUCAGAAGAUUGCGCUAAUGGGUCGGCCCAGGAUCGGCGACCAGAACAGGUGCACGAUUCGCAUCAAGGAAAGCAAAGAAUUCAAGAACACAGUGGACAAACUCUUCCAAAAGGCCAACAUAUCCCUGAUGAUUGGAACCUCUUCGUGGAAGGAACAGUUUAAGGAAGCUCUGACCGUGGUAGCGGAAGAUCAUACGAUCGUGUUAGACUCAGCCAUCUCCGGAGUCGAAAGCAAGAAACUCACAGACGAAGAUGAGGAGGGUGCGGAAGAUGGCCAGGACGUGGUGGUGAAAAUGCCGUCGUGCUCGGAUUACGUGAUGCACUUUUUCACCAUAUUCUGGAAGGUUCUCUUCGCAUUCGUCCCACCCACAGACUACUGGGGCGGAUGGGCCUGCUUCGUGACAAGCAUCCUCUUAAUCGGCGUCCUCACCGCAUUCGUCGGAGACUUGGCGUCCCACUUCGGCUGCACCAUCGGGCUCAAGGACUCCGUCACGGCCAUCUCGCUCGUCGCCCUGGGCACCAGCAUCCCGGACACAUUCGCCAGCAAAGUGGCGGCGAUGAACGACAAGUACGCGGACUCCUCGAUCGGCAACGUGACGGGGAGUAACGCAGUGAACGUGUUCCUCGGCAUCGGCGUGGCCUGGUCCCUGGCCGCCUUCGUUCACUGGGGCCGCGGGACGACGUUCAGGGUACUGCCGGGCAACCUGGCAUUUUCGGUCACCAUCUUUUGCGUCUGCGCACUGAUCGCCUGCGUGCUCCUGCUAGCGCGCCGGAACAAGCGGGUGGGAGGAGAGCUCGGAGGCCCCAUGCGUUUCAAGCUUCCAACCACCAUUAUCCUUACGGGCCUCUGGAUCUUUUACGUGACGAUGUCGGCGUUGGAAGCCUACGGCGUCAUCCAGGGCUUCUAAGGAAGGAACUACGUCUAGCCCGAGAGUUUGCUGAAUCGAGGACAAAAAGGAUUACGACGUGACGUGACCUCCUGACAAGGAGGCGCUAUGGAUGAUAUGCGAUCGAAAUAUCGGAGUCGUAUCGCAGGAUUUUGAAAAGAAGAUGCCAGUCCAGGGCCAGCUUCAACAAUUGUACCUCUUCGAAAUGCCCGAGAAGCGAGCUGGCGUUUGAUCCGUUUCGCCAACGUACUCGCACCGGUCUGGACUGCCGAUGAUCUACGCUGAACAGCGCCGCCUCCAGGACUUUGCGCUGUUCUUCACUGCAGAUGCAUCAUGUUCAAGAGCGGGCCACACGUUUCGCGCUGCUCUGAACUGCGGAUGAAUCAUGUUCAAAAGCGGCCCUGGUGUGUCAAGCUGUCUUCAACUGCAGCUGAAUCAAUUCAUGAGCGAUCAUAGGAGUUCGCGUUCUUCUGGAUUGCUACGGAAGACGUCCGACCAAGAAGGUCCCUGUGGUCUCGCACGAUCCUGGACCUCUACUGAAUUGCGUUCAAAGAUGGUGGCAGAGCUUCACCCUGCUUGAACCAAGUCUGAACCAUGUUCAAGAGCGGUCCCGUGAUCUGGAAGCGGGCCCGGGAACCUUCUGCUAAGUACGGCGUCCUGAAAGUGUGUCGCCUCGCAAUAGUUUCCCCGGGAAGUGUCUGAAACCGGCAGAUCGCUAAAAGCCGGGGACCUGACUCAGGUCGUUAGAAACGACUCUCGGUAUUGUGAAGGUGUGACUUUGCGAAAACGCUGGACUCACCAUCCGAAGAGGACACUUCACAACUAUUCCCCAUGUUCUGUUGAUUCGUUCCUUUUUUUUAUUAUUCUGUGUGUGUUGGUUCCUAACUUACACCCCGCACUUCAGUUUUAUUUUAUUUUUCCAACUCUAAACUUCUUGUUUCCGCUGAAUCAUGAAAGCUGGCUGUGCCAGUGGUGAUUCGAAACUAAGCGGACGCAGUCCUGCCAUAGUUGCUGGAGACAUUAGGAACCUGUGGAUAAAUUUCUUAUUCGUCUGCCACGACAAGGAUUAAUAUCCUUGUUUCAACACUUUAUGUUACGCUUCAUUCCCUACCUCGGAUGCUCGGAGGAAUGUUUGUGUGUCUUCUAAGGUGCAGCUAUUUAAAUACACACGUUACUUCGCCACGUUUGCAGUAUGUUUCAUGGCGUUACAUUGCGGUGCCGCGAAAUAUACUGCGCCAGAGUAGAUUUCCCUCCCAGGUCGAUUUUCGAUGAAGUGCGUCCAUGUCCAUAUCUACGAGUUACUCCUUUCUAAAAUCUCGCCGUGGGAUUCGCCAAGAGUGAUAACUGCCGAAUGCAAGGGUAAAAAUAAAUAUAUAGCUACGUAAUACGCUAGUCAACGCGGAAUCUUCCUUAUCGAAGUCCAAUAAAAUAAUAUUUUUCUGAAGAGUAACGGCAGUGAAAGAAAGCUCCCGCGCACCGCUAGUGCUUCUAGUCUCGAUUUGUUAAUUUGGGCUAAACUAAAUUUUUACAUUUUUCUUCGAGUUACUAUAUUACGGCGCUUUAGACUCGGCGUAGCAAUAUGAUGGGCCGAUUCAGAGCCGUUCUAAUAUAAGAUAGCCAACCAUAAGAAAGUAAAUCAUCCUAACGUCCGUCUCUGACCGCUGCAAUUGUUUGAUUUCACUCAAAAACACUUAUUUCAAUCGGUCCUGGAAGUGAACUCGAUAAUGUCAAAGACCACGUAGAACACGCAGAUCUGUCUUCACAAAUCGCUUAUAGCUUGUAUUGACCAAGUGCCUUCUGUUCCGGUAUUUGAAGGAAGACAAAACCAUAGCUGGGGGUUAGGGUGCAUUCGUUUAUUGUGUUCGUCCUAAUUCAAAGUGUCACGCUCGCCGAAAAACACGCCUUUGCUUUUCUCUUGUUGCAAAGGCGAACGGCGCAUGGUCCUGCUAUGUCUUGUGCUGCAGUGAACUUUCCUUGAAGUAUUUAAUUUUUUCUGAGAGUCGCCGACAAAAAACAAAAGAAAAAAUGUUGAAACACACGUUGUUUAGGUUUUUUUUUUUCAUCUAACGGCAACGAAAUGACUCUCCGGACGUCAUGCUGCAGGACCUUCCUGUUGACAUUCGUGAAAAUCUGAACGGUGCAGAGAACCUGCGGCUCGGUGGCGAGAUCUUUUUUUGUUUUUUUCCUUCGGCUAACAAAUGCUCUCAGAACAUUCCCCUAAAAGCCUUUAUAUGCGGUAGUUCGUGGAGUGUACAUAGGAAGGUGCAAAGAGGAUCUUGUUAAAUUUCGAGAUUACCAGCGAGAAGCAAGGUUAACGAGGAUAAAUGCUUUCGCCCCCUCCGACUCCACAGACACGGUAUAGAGGUGGUUUCACACUGUCCCGUUCUAAUGACUCGCUACGACCAGAUUUUAGCGUCCUGACCAUACACUCAGGUGUGAUUUCGCCUGUCUCGUUAAAGAUGGCGUUUGCGAAAUGCAGACUACAAUCGAAUAUAAACUGAAUAUAAGAUUAACCGUUAUGGCAGUCUAUAUAAGGAUUGCCCUUGAGGGUUUAUAGAACAUAAUUACUUUCUAGAAAUAUAUAUCUACAUAUAUAUAUAUACUCUAUAUAAUCGAAAAUAUGAAGAUGAAUUAACCCUACUUGAUCGAAUGAAUCGAAGCCUACGAAACCGCCGAAAGGCCAAAUCUUUGGCGGAACCUCAGGAAAGGUAACAUGAUGAAAUAAUUGUUUUUAAUGACAAGAUUUCGGAGGGUAAACACAACAAAAAACGAGGCGUGGACAUCUCUCCUUUUUAUGAGUCCCCAUGUGAAGAGAAAGGAAACUUGAAUAAGGCUAAGCACCCGACAGAAGAAACAUCAUACGAGAAACACUGAAAGCGUUCACAAAACUCAGCAACGCUAGGCAUGGGGCGACCAACCCUUGUCUGUCAAAAUGUCAGAAGGCUGCAUGCAUGUUUGGAGCACAUAUGUGCAUUUGUUAAGUGUGUCUGGAACAGAAUGUAAGGUAUGUUAAGGUAUGUUCGUGUUCGCAGAUUCGUUCACGUUUGAAAACGUUCAAGGAGAAAAAAAAAUACAGAAAAGACGUAGCAUGAUAUAACCCUAUUAUAUCUGCGAAGAGAAACACCGAAUGGAACAACUACCAAUCUUAUUUGCUGUCUUGUAUACAUACGAACCUUGUCCAUCUUUCCUCCUUUCCUCUUGUACAUAAGGUCUUGUAACGUUAUUUUAUCUCUCUCUCUUUCUCUUUCUUGCUCUAGUCACACGAUGAGGUUAAACUUCUCCCGUCAUGUUAAAAGAGAGGGAACAUCGUGCAGCUAACUCUUGAUCUUUUAGUGGAUGCAAGGUCUUUUCGUGAACCGUCCUGGAGCGCAGAAGACCACUGCGGCUUACAACGUCCGCCUGUUCAACUCAAGAGCAAGAAUCCAAUUACUGUGUACAUUUGCCUCUGUACUCCGGCUAGUCCCAUACUUCCUCACUCUCUGGAAUGUUGCCGUUUGUUGUCACAAGUCAGGAGAACAAAAGCCUGCCGACUCUGUUGUUGGACGAAACGACAUCGCCAUGUUACUGUGUAGCGACUGAAAUAAGGACGGUGGAUUGAAAGAAGACGGGACUCUUACCAUUUCUUAAUUACUUUAUUGUGUGCAUUGUUAGCAAGCGUAGUUUGUUUUCUCUCACGAAGCGAAGGAAAUACAAGCAACCGUUACUCAAGCAGGUAACUUUUGUUUUCUUUUUGAAAGGCAGGCUUGGUAUCACGUGGUCCCCGCGAGUGUUCUUUGUAUUUCGUGGUUUGUUCCCUGACUUGUUUCUGUUGAGAUGCCGGUGAACCAAAAGAGGCAAAAUACAAGCUCACUGGUAACAGGGCA